AUGAUGGAGGAUGUUUUGAAUCCACAAAAGGAGAAACAUUUGGAUUUGAUUAUUUUACUUUCGAUUAUAUUCUUUGUGGACUUGGCAAUGAUUCUAUUCGCAACAGUUUAUGUGAUUGGAUUUUAUAAUAAUGACUAUUCAUAUUAUUUACUAUUUAUUUAUGAGAAUGUCACCCUAUUAUUGGAGAAUGCAAGACUUUUUGCCAAGUAUGGAGGUUUUGUUUGUGAAAUUUUCGAUCUGAUCAAUAAGGAUUCAAAUAAUAACCAACAAAAACCAUCUUCAUUCGCAAAGAAGCUUUUGACGUUGAUUUUCAAUACGGAAACUAUUUAUGUCACUCAAUUCGUAUUGGAAAUUCUAUUGCUCUUAAUUGCAAUUGCUCAUUAUAUGCAUGUUUGGUAUAAUAAUGGAUUGCAAUUUGCUGUAAUUGACGUUCUCCUCUUUGCCCUUAUUAACAACUCUUUCAAUGAAUUCAGAAUUCAAGCAAAGAGACUUUUAGAAUACAAGAAAAUUACACUCCUUCUCAAAGAUCAUUUCCCAAUACCAAUCCACGAGGAAAUAACACAUCAGGAAUUGUGUUCCAUUUGUCAUGAAAACUUUUCACACCAAGAAUUGAAAGAUUGCAGAAAAUUAGAAUGUGGACACAUAUUCCACCUUACUUGCAUCAGUCAAUGGAUGAGAUCUGGAUCUUUCACUUGUCCAUUCUGUAGAAGACAACUCCUACAACCCAUUGGUGGUGAUGCCAAUAGUGAUACUGAGAGCACCACUUCAAGUAUUCAUGGAGGAUCGAUACAUUCGAAUACAGAAACUGCAAAUCAACUCACAGAUAUGCAACAAGCAGUUACGAAUGGAAGCGGCGAUGGACAUGUGGAUAAUCCACCACCACCAAUUCACACCACCAUAUUGAGUACGAGUGGAGGUUGGUUACCAUUCUCAUUGCAAAUUCAGGAAACAACAAGUGAUAUUGAUACGAGUGAUGAUGAGGAGGGAGAACAUGAUGCUGUCAAUGUGGAUCAGCAAUCAGAUAAAUAA